AUGGCUUUUCAACCACCAUUUCCACAACAUGGAAUGCCUGGAGGCCAAUUUCCUCCACAGCCAGGAAUGCAAGGAGGUGCUUUUCCGCCACAACCUUCACAAAUGCCAGGAAUGCCUCUCCCGCAAAAAUCGUCCAUAGUUCCGCCACAACAAAAUCCUCAAUAUCAGAAUGGUGCUUUCAAUGGAAUUCAACCGACCAAUGGUCACUCUCCAUCUCCUAACAUGAAUGGUCACAAUCAAACUGCACAACUACCACAGGCAAUUAAAUUUUUCAAAAAAGAA